UUAUGUCCGGCGGGGUUUAGGGGAUUUCGGUACUGCCUUUCGGCUUCCCUGUUCCCAGCGGGAGGGACAUGAGUGUCCCCGAGCCGCCGCCCCCAGACGGGGUCCCCACCGGGCUGCCCGACACCCUGGAGGCGGGGGAGUCGACUUCGGGGACAGAUUUAAGCGACACUUCUCCAGAGGAAGGGCUGUUUGAGGGCUUGGCUGUGGAAGACAGAGCCGUGGAGCAGCUGGCAGACGGGCUGCUCUCGCACUAUUUGCCGGAUCUGCAGAGAUCAAAACAGGCGCUCCAGGAACUCACACAGAACCAAGUUGUAUUAUUAGACACACUGGAGCAAGAGAUUUCAAAAUUUAAGGAAUGCCAUUCUAUGUUGGAUAUUAAUGCUUUGUUCACUGAAGCUAAACACUAUCAUACUAAGUUGGUGAAUAUAAGAAAAGAAAUGCUGAUGCUUCAUGAAAAGACAUCCAAGUUAAAAAAAAGAGCACUAAAGCUGCAGCAGAAAAGGCAGAAAGAAGAGUUGGACAAGGAACAGCAGCGAGAGAAGGAAUUUGAAAGAGAAAAACAGCUAACUGCCAAACCCGCUAAAAGGACGUGAAAAGUCGGUGCCACUUGAUGUACUUCCGUCCUUCUCCCGUCUCGUCCGUGGGUUAGGAAGACCGGGGCGUGAUCGGAGAUAAGGGCGUGCCUGAGACUGUUGUUAGGUUUUGAAAUCCUUUCCCCAGGAUUACUGUGUCCUUAGCUUUAUUUCAGCUAUUUCUCAGUAGGAAGCCUAUAAUAUUACUUGGUUUUGAUAUUUCUGUGUAAUGUUUAUAAAAACAUAAUUAAAAAUGUUUUUGUUUUGACCAUGAAUCAUUUAUAUGCUGGGAAAUGGUCUGAUUGUUAAAAUAAUCUAGACUGUAAGCGGUUGAAAAUUAGUGUACAGUUUUUAGCUUAGUAGGUAUACAUUUUAAAGUGUCAGUUUCUUAUCUUAUGAAGUGAUUUGCCUUUCUGGCAAUACAAUGCUGUGUUUUGGUAAUCGCCUCUUCAUUGCUUGGUCAGGAAGUUAGGACUACUAGUUAGCCAAGAGGCGGCAUAAGCUUUUGUGAAGAACAUGAUAGAAAAGUGUGUUGAUGUGGGCAAAAAAGGCAUCGCAGAGCGGGAGCUGACCGCAGACACGCUCCCAGCUGGGUGCGCCCUCUUGCUGCUGGGGAGUUCUUCAGGAGCUUCUGGGUUCGAGGUUGGUUGUGCACGUAGCGGAGGUUUGGGAGGCUACGGAGCAUCCCACGCACUUAAUAGGGAGCACAGUCUCUCGUGUUUGCUACAUUUGUUUUCUCCACUAUUGUAUGUAGGAACUUAACAUGUGAGGGAAAUGUGAUAUUUUGUUGUAGAAUCACAAACGUGUAAAAUCAAGUUUGUGGUUUGAUUAUUAUUUUCAUACCAGUGGAUUUCCAAUCCCCAUUACACAUGGAAUGUUUAAAACCUAUAAAGGCAUGUGAUUAGAAUGUAUAUCUUUUAUAAUCCACAGUACAUUUUUGGCAAGCUGGAAUCACUACCUCUGAUCACAUAGGAGGCUAAUGAUGAGGGAAAGUAUUAGAUUUAAAUUGAGUAUCAAACAGUAGUGUGUUUAAAAGCUGAGAUCAUUUGCUGAAAGAGUCUCUUUAAUGGAUGGACUAUGGCAUAACAAUUCACUUGAUCACAACUGUAUAUUUAAGGAUAAUAUUUUAUUUAAAAGUGCCAAGUGUUGCUCUCAAACACUUGCUUAAACAUUAAAGGGCUGGACACCACUCUGAAUCAUCUCAGUCAAAUCAGGAAAUUAGGUUAUUUUUAAAAGUUUUUCCAAAGUGAAUCUGGGGCAACCGAAAGGUGCAGUGGGUUUAGGUUUCCACACCUGGCUGUGUACCAUUAUUCUCUGGAAGCAUCUAAAACUAUAGAUACUCCCACAUCUCAAAAUAAUUCUGAGUAAGAAAUCAUUGGUUAAAUCGGCAGCUUGUGAGCCAUAUGCAGCUCUCUGGGUACGUACAUGUGGCUCAGAUACCUGUGUUUUCGUUUGUUUAUAAAAAUAUAUGUAUGGCUCUCAAAUAAUUUUUAAGUUGUUGUAAGGGACAGGAUUGGCUUUUCCUUCGCAAAAGUGUAUUGAGUGAAUGGCAAACCAUACAUUUUCAGAAUUAAUAUUAUGUAAAAUUUUAAGCAUUUUAACAUGUGAAAAAUAAUAGAUAUAUUGCAUUUACUAUUUUAAGGCCAAUUAUCAAUCAGUAGUACUGUAACCUUGGUAGUUAACACUUUAUAGUUCAACAACAUGUAGACACAUCUGUACUGAAUAAGCCUGAAUGGGAAUGCUUAUAUUUAGACUUGUAUUUUUUGCAUAAAAUAGUAAAUUUGUGCUCGAGAGACUUCUCUUUUGUUGUUGUUAAUGAAAAAUAAUGCCUUUGUUUCAAACUAUUUUGCAAACAUACUGAAACUGUAUCACAAAUGUACUGAAGUAAAAUGUUGAUAUUUUAUAUUUAUUUUGCAGAAGAUACCUUGUAAAUAUGCAAAUGUGAAUGUACUAUAGAUUGUGUUCACUGUGAAUUUAGUGGAUACACACAGUUUAUAAAUAUGCCAAUUAUACACCUUCA